AUGGUAGUGGAUACAACAUAUUACGAAUUAUUAAGUAUUGAAACAACUGCAACGUCACUUGAAAUCAAAAAGGCAUAUAGGAAACAAGCAAUUAAAUUACAUCCAGAUAAAAAUCCAGAUGAUCCAUUAGCAGCGGCAAAAUUUCAAGAAGUUGGUCAAGCUUAUCAAGUUUUAAGUGAUGAUCAAUUACGUGCAAAAUAUGAUAAAUAUGGUAUACAAGAAUCAAUACCAAAAGAAGGAUUUGAAGAUCCUGCUGAAUUUUUUAAUAUGAUUUUUGGAGGAGAAGCAUUCAAAGAUUGGAUUGGAGAGUUAAGUUUAAUUAGUGAAAUCACUAAAUCUGCAGAAUUAUCUGAAGAAAAACCAGCACCAACAGAAGAGAAGGGAAAAGAUCACAACAAAGAAGACGAAGCUACAUCAACAUCAAAUUAUGAAUAUCCAAAACAAGACUCACUAAAUAAAGAUCAAAAAUUUUUAUCACAUGAAGCUCAUGAUGAAAUAACACAUAAAGAACAAGAAGAUAAAAAAAGGAAAGAAGAAUUGGAAAAAUUUGAAGAAGAAUGUAGAUUGAAGAAAAUAGAGACUCGAAAAGAAUUAGCUAAAAAAUUGACUGAUAAAUUAUCAUUACUUACUGAAACUGAUAUGAAAGAUGAUGUUAUAGAAUCUUUUAAAGCUAAAAUAAGAUAUGAAGCAGAAUCUUUGAAAAUGGAAAGUUUUGGAUUGGACAUUUUACACACAAUAGGGUAUGUUUAUAAAAGUAAAUCCAAAAUAUUUUUAAAAAAUCAAACCUUUUUUGGAUGGGGUGGAUUAUGGUGGUCUGUAAAGGAAAAAGGUGGUGUUGUUAAAGAUACUUUUAGAACCGUUUCAGCAGCAUUGGAUGCCCAACGUACAAUGGAAGAAUAUGCCAAAAUGCAAGAAGAUAAUGAAUAUCAUACAAAAAAGGAAGCUGAGGAAGAAAAAUCUAAAGCUGAAGCAGAGAAAACUAAAUUGGAAGAAGAAUUAGAAAAACUUCAAAAGCAAAAAAUAAAGAUUGAAGAAGAAUCAGUUGAUAGUACCCUAAAUUCAGUCUCACAAGUAAAUGAUAAAGAUAAAAUAGUUGAACCAACGAAACAUACAGCGGAAGAUUUAGCAGAAAUGGAAAAGUUUUUGUUGGCAAAAGUAUUAGCAGCAGCAUGGAAUGGAUCAAAAUUUGAAAUUCAAGGAACAUUAAGAGCGGUAUGUGAUCAAGUAUUAGAAGAUGAAGAUAUAACGAAUGAACAAAGAGUAGCAAGAGCUAAAGCAUUAAGACUAAUAGGUGAAGUAUUUGUAUCUGUUACUAGAACUGAAGCAGAAGAUGAAGAAGCAAGAAUGUUUGAAGAAUUAGUAGCUGAAGCAAGUAAGAAAAGAGAGAAAAAGAAGAAACCCUCAACUACUACAACUACUGAUAAUGUGGAAACCAACUCUGCUACUUAA